UCCUUCAGAAACUUCACAAUUCUGUAAGGACGCAUGAUUAUAUGGAGGACUGAAGAAUGCAGGACACUGUGAGGUUUAUGCCAUGUCCCAAGAUCCCUCCACCUGGGCUUGCAGUAGUUAACCCCUAAACAAACCUCCCUUUUGCUGGAGCUGCCGCCACUAGCUUCCCCCCUUCUCCUACCCACUAUAUGGCCCUCUCCAGCUGCGGACCUUCCCCAUUGGCCAGCCGAACACAAACGACUGCGACAGCCAAUGGGAACCGCUCUCCUGAACAUUCAGAGGAUGGGUGCUCGUGGUGUGAUGAGGAAAGGUUAGCGCCUGGCACGCGCCCCCCCUACAUCUGGCAAGUCUGUGACAGAAACAGUAACUCCCCCUAUACACACACACACACACCCGUGCCCCCUGCCUCCGUCCGUUCAGCUGCGCGGGCCCCGCAACCCGCGGCGUGUCUUGGCAGUGCCCUCCCGGGCCCCUUGGGGCGCGCGAGUGCACCUGCUCACUCAGUAAGACAGAACGUCCCUUGAUUCCGCGGAGGCGCGGCUCAGCUGCCGCUGCUCGGGAGGUGACCGGUUUCCCCGCCCCCACCCCACCCCACGCCGAGUGGUGCUGCUCCGAGGCCGAAGUGCUCCAGAGCCGGCUUAGGGUGCAGCUCUCUUUGUCCCCAGCCAGCUGUGCUCCCUGCCGGCUGACUCGACGCGCUCCCAGGAAGUGGGGGUGGGGAGCCCGAAACCUAUGAAAUAAAUGGGGGCGUGAGGACAGGAAGACAACCCCGGGUGGUGUGUGCGGGUGUCUUCACGCCCUCCCUUUCUUCCUUAGGCGGGGUCCCUGGGGUCCAGGCAAGGGAGGGUCUAGGCACAGGCGCGGCGGCGGCGGCGGGCUGGGGAGAGCCGGGUCCCAGCGAACGCACUGGCCGACCGAGAAGCCUCGCGCCCGGCCCGCUGCCCUCCAUCUCUCCUCUCCUCCCUGGCUUUUGUGUUGGUGCCUCGGAGCUGCAAGGAGGGUGCGCUGGAGGAGGGGGGCCUGGGGUAGAGGCUCCCCUCCACGCGCGCGCGCACACGGUGGCGGCGCACGCACACACGCGCGGACAUACACACACGCACAAAGCUUGCUUGCCUCGAGCGCACUAACGUGGCUGUUUUCUUUGUGUGGAGCCCUUGAGGGGGGUUGGGGUCCCGGUCCGGUCCUGGGGAGAUGGCGCAGCCCAUCCUGGGCCCUGGAAGCCUGCAGCCCGCCUCGCCCGCUGGCCUGGCAUCCCUGGAGCUCGACUCGUCGCUGGACCAGUACGUGCAGAUUCGCAUCUUCAAAAUCAUCGUGAUUGGGGACUCCAACGUGGGCAAGACGUGCCUGACUUUCCGCUUCUGCGGAGGGACCUUCCCCGACAAGACCGAGGCCACCAUCGGUGUGGACUUCAGGGAGAAGACGGUGGAAAUCGAGGGCGAGAAGAUCAAGGUGAUCCAGACGGUUCAGGUGUGGGAUACAGCAGGUCAGGAACGCUUCCGCAAAAGCAUGGUCGAGCAUUACUACCGCAAUGUGCAUGCAGUGGUCUUCGUUUAUGAUGUCACCAAGAUGACAUCCUUCACCAACCUCAAAAUGUGGAUCCAAGAAUGCAAUGGGCAUGCCGUGCCCCCACUAGUCCCAAAGGUGCUUGUGGGCAAUAAGUGUGACUUGAGGGAACAGAUCCAGGUGCCCUCCAACUUAGCCCUGAAAUUUGCUGAUGCCCACAACAUGCUCUUAUUUGAGACAUCGGCCAAGGACCCCAAAGAGAGCCAGAACGUGGAGUCAAUUUUCAUGUGCCUGGCUUGUCGAUUGAAGGCUCAGAAAUCCCUGCUCUACCGUGAUGCUGAGAGGCAGCAGGGGAAGGUGCAGAAACUGGAGUUCCUGCAGGAAGCUAACAGCAAAACUUCCUGUCCCUGUUGAAACCAAAUGGUGUAAAUACAAGAUCAGUUAUCACUGGAGUUUUUUCUUUCCCUUCUUUUCUGUGCCUGCAUAACACUGACACCUGCUUGUUUCCAUACAAAUUGAUAUUAAAAUAAAAU